AUGCUGAUCAACGAUCUCUUUUUAAAGGCAUCCGUAGAUCUAGCUACUUCGUACGCUGCGCUCAUCCUUGCCGAUGAUGGCAUCGAAAUCACCGCAGAUAAGAUUUUAGCAUUAACGAAUGCGGCAUCCGUUGAAGUAGAACCGAUCUGGGCAUCACUACUUGCGAAAGCCCUUGAAGGCAAAGACGUUAAGGACCUAUUAUCCAAUAUCGGUUCAGGAGCUGCUGCACCAGUUGCUGCUUCCGCUGCUGGUGGUGCAGCGGCUGGAGGCGCCGCGGCAGAAGCGCCGAAAGAGGAGGAAAAGAAGAAGGAGGAAGAGAAGGAAGAAAGUGACGAGGAUAUGGGCUUUGGUCUUUUCGACUAG